UAUGGCCACUCAUUUCAUUUGGCCGAUAAGACUAAGCACGGAGUGGGCGCUCCUAUUACGGGGGCCGGACAUACGGAUGGGGUAUUCAAACACGUGUGUGAGCUCGUGAAAAGGGAGGGCUGGACCAAGGAGCAAAGUGACCAUGGUCAUGAUCCCAUUGCCUAUAAGGAUGAUGAGUGGAUAGGCUAUGAUGAUCCAUACGCUGCCUACGACAAAAGCAAGUGGGUUAAGGACAAUGGCUAUGGUGGUAUUAUAAUCUGGGAGAUAAGCCAGGACGAUUACCAGAAACAGUGCUGUUCAGUGGCUAACCCUUUGUUACGGGCCCUUAAUCACGGUCUGUAUGGCACGGGUCAGGCACCGGACACUUAUGGUUGUGAACACAAAUAA